UCCUUACGUUACGACCAAUUACAGAACGUCUCACAGAAAGAGUUAAUUCCGGGUGAUUUAAUUUCCCUCUAGAUGUCAGUGUGGUGAAUUUAAAACCUGAAGGGCUGGAAGUACUGUACACCACUGCUAAAUAUCAAAACGUUGAAACGUAUAGGAGGGGGUGUUUUACAAAUCAUAUAUACUGGCGUUCCAGGAACUACUUGUGCAGGGGUGUCUUAUUUGUAUUUAAUUCUGGAAAAAGCAAAACAAAACAAAAACAAAGCGAAACAGGCAGCGCGGCUAUAGCGAAACGCAUCAUUUUAUAUAUGUCUCAAGCAUUAAGUUUUUAGACUAGUAUCAGAAGAACCUCAGACAAAAGAAUUUUUUUAAGGAAAUUGAGCGGACAGGAGUGUUCAGUACCACGGAGAUGUCUUCAGCGCAGAGUUGAUACUUUGGUAACAGUGCACAGCGAGCAGCGUUCGUUUUAAAACUGUACAAAUACAUUUCACCAUAGUGUAGUAUUUUUCAUUGUAUAUCUGUUUUUUGUUUUUAUCUAGCGUUAAGUUUAUAUAAACGUUGUAAGUCCUCUGUGGAUUAAAACACGAGUCAGUGAUGAAGACAUAAUGGAACAGAUCGGAACAUUUUGGACAACAGCAGUGUCCUCUGGCAGUUUGUGAUUCUGGAACUUAGCGCUAGCUCUUAUCUGCAUCCUCAAGCUGCACCAGCCCACUCUCUCCUACUGAGUACUUUUGGUGAAUCUAUAUACUGACUCCCGGUACCACAGCCAUGCUACUGAAAGAAUACCGGAUCUGUAUGCCUCUCACAGUGGAGGAGUACAGGAUUGGCCAGCUGUAUACCAUCAGCAAACACAGCCAUGAGGAGAGCGACAAGGGGGAAGGCGUGGAGGUGGUGCGAAACGAGCCACAUAUAGACCCCGUCCAUGGAGAGGGGCAGUUCACAGAGAAGAGGGUACACCUGUCCAGUAAGCUUCCCAGCUGGGCGCGAGCUGUGGUUCCCCGGAUAUUUUAUAUCACAGAGAAGGCCUGGAACUACUAUCCUUACACAAUCACAGAAUAUACGUGUUCCUUUUUACCGAAAUUCUCGAUUCAUAUAGAAACAAAAUAUGAAGACAAUUGUGGAGAUAAUGAAAAUAUUUUUAAUACAGAUAAAAAUAACUCCGAACGUGAGGUGUGUUUUCUGGACAUUGCAUAUGAUGAUAUCCCAGACAGACACUACAAAAGCUCAGAGGACCUCCGUUGCUUUGCGUCAAUAAAAACAGGACGGGGACCCUUGAAAGAGGGCUGGAGAGAGAAAGACAAGCCAGUUAUGUGUUCCUACAAACUGGUCAGCGUCAAGUUUGAGGUGUGGGGGCUCCAGACCAGGGUGGAGCAGUUUGUGCACAAGGUCAUCCGGGAUAUCCUGUUAAUAGGACACCGGCAGGCGUUUGCAUGGGUGGACGAGUGGUACAAUAUGACCAUGGAUGAAGUCCGCAAGUAUGAGAGGGACACACAGGAAGCCACCAACGAGAAGAUUGGGCCGGUGGCUCCCACAAUCUGCGUCAGUGAGGUGUCCAAGCCAUCCACUUCCCGCAGUGCCCCUUCCAGCGCUCCCUCCACCCCCGUCAACGGAGACCCUCCCGACUUCCUCAAUGUGCCCAAAGACCGGCAGCGCAAGAAAUCCGCUCCCGAAAUGCUUACCCUCCCGGAGCUGAGGGAACGCUCACACCCCAAGUAGAGUUCCAACUGGGUGUGCCAUCAAAACUCGCUCUUUUUUUGUUUUGUAUUGCAGCACCUAAAAACUAUAAUAAACACACACACAAACAAACCUUUUGAAAAUUGAACCUUAAGGGUUUUUAUUUUGUAUUCAGUUGGAGAGUCUUUAAGAUAGAUGAUGACAGUUGGGUAUAGCUGACUUUAAGGGUAAAACAAUACUGGGCACCGGAGCUCAAUUAGUUGAUGGUAUCACUGAUCACUUGAGUGUAGGGAAUAGUGAUUUCUUAUUGCAGGUUCAAAUUCUGAUGAACUGAGUAGUGUUUCCGUGCUUAUUAACGUGCAGAAUGACAGCACCAGAGAGCCGAGAAUAGUUUUAUUGUGUUCAUUAUUGAUAAAUUAAACAGAACUGAAGGACAUUUCAAAGAUUUUGGAGGUCCAUGAUGGUAGUACUAGAAAGCUAUGGAAGACGAGAUGUGAAGGUCAUUUUAUACUGUAAUUUACCAGAUUCUCCUUCUUUAUGCACAGCCCAGUCUGAGACUCCUUUAAAAAUAAGCUGUCUCAGACACUAGAAACGUAUAAAACCAGCUGGACAACUUGUCCUUCCAGUAGGAUUCCAUUUCAGGUGGGAACGGUUAACGUAGCUGAAACAUUUCUUCCCCGGAAGAUUGUGUUGCCCUUGAGGUUAGCAGUUCUGGUUUUGUCCAUCAUCGUAUCACGUAUUUUCUCAGAAGACUGAAUCAGCUGCUUGUACAUUUCAAAGAAGUAAGACAAACUUUAGAUCUAACCCCCAUGUAGACACUUCUUAUCAGAAAAAAAUAAUGUACUUCUCUCAUUGCUAAAUCUUCUGCUAACUAGCAUGUAAUGAUGCCAUAAGAAACGCGCCACCUUAGUAACCUUCCAAGAUUUUUUCUGUUCGUGUAAUUCCAAGCAUUUGUGAAACUUUUUAUAUUUUUUUAUAAACUUCUUGGAUGUAUUUUAAUCUUAAUACUUUCCAGAUUAUGUCAUUUGCUCUUUAGCCUUGGUGUUUACUGCUUUAUCCUUUAAAACAACGUUAUUUUUUAUUUAAUAAUAAUCAGAAGUCCUGCAUCAUAAUGUAGUUUGCUUUUAACCUACUGUACAUGCAUAUUAGGAGUAAAAAAAAAGUAGCAAAUGGUUUUUUCAGUCUUGUAAAACAUUGUUAGCAUAGAGGCUCAGUAAUGUUAGUUUAGUGUGAUACAGGACUUUUGAAUAGCCCUACAGAAUGUAUAAUGUGGAGAAACAGUUAUUUGAUAAAAAAUGUAACUGAAUAAAUUGCAAGUGCAUCCUCUCUUAUGCAACUGUGCAAAAUGUCUUUUAAGGCACCCGAUACAAAAUGUUGUGUGUGCAUUUUCCACCAACAUUUGACUGCUUUUCCCCUCAAAGACUGUUCAGUAGACAAGGAAUAGUAAGCAUCACUUUAAAUAACCUCUAAUCGCUUGUUCUUUUAAAAUGCAUGCUUCUUGGUUGACUCUGCAUCGCAGCAGACUGAAGCUCUAUAAUUCAGUGAUUUAUCUUCUCCCAUUCUUUAUAUCUGUCUACCAUCCCAAUGUUUGUUCUAAUAGGAAAUAAAGCUCUUGCUAAAUUCUUGCUAAAUCUCAUUUAUACUUAAGGUUGUCCAAAUGAUAAUGUAAAUUUUAUAUAUACAGUACUGUGCAAAAGUUUUAGGCAGGUGUGAAAAAAUGCUGUAAAGUAAGAAUGCUUUCAAAAAUAGACAUGUUAAUAGUUUAUAUUUAUCAAUUAACAAAAUGCAAAGUGAGUGAACAGAAGAAACAUCUACAUCAAAUCAAUAUUUGGUGUGACCACCCUUUGCCUUCAAAACAGCAUCAAUUCUUCUAGGUACACUUGCACACAGUUUUUGAAGGAACUCGGCAGGUAGGUUGGCCCAAACAUCUUGGAGAACUAGCCACAGUUCUUCUGUGGAUUUAGGCAGCCUCAGUUGCUUCUCUCUCUUCAUGUAAUCCCAGACAGACUCGAUGAUGUUGAGAUCAGGGUUCUGUGGGGGCCAUACCAUCACUUCCAGGACUCCUUGUUCUUCUUUACGCUGAAGAUAGUUCUUAAUGACUUUCGCUGUAUGUUUGGGGUCGUUGUCAUGCUGCAGAAUAAAUUUGGGGCCAAUCAGAUGCCUCCCUGAUGGUAUUGCAUGAUGGAUAAGUAUCUGCCUGUACUUCUCAGCAUUGAGGAGACCAUUAAUUCUGACCAAAUCCCCAACUCCAUUUGCAGAAAUGCAGCCCCAAACUUGCAAGGAAUCUCCACCAUGCUUCACUGUUGCCUGCAGACACUCAUUCGUGUACCGCUCUCCAGCCCUUUGGCGAACAAACUGCCUUCUGCUACAGCCAAAUAUUUCAAAUUUUGACUCAUCAGUCCAGAGCACCUGCUGCCAUUUUUCUGCACCCCAGUUCCUGUGUUUUCGUGCAUAGUUGAGUCACUUGGCCUUGUUUCCACGUCGGAGGUAUGGCUUUUUGGCCGCAAGUCUUCCAUGAAGACCACUUCUGACCAGACUUCUCCGGACAGUAGAUGGGUGUACCAGGGUCCCACUGUUUUCUGCCAAUUCUGAGCUGAUGGCACUGCUGGACAUCUUCCGAUUGCGAAGGGAAGUAAGCAUGAUGUGUCUUUCAUCUGCUGCAGUAAGUUUCCUUGGCCGACCACUGCAUCUACGGUCCUCAACGUUGCCCGUUUCUUUGUGCUUCUUCAAAAGAACUUGGACAGCACAUCUGGAAACCCCUGUCUGCCUUGAAAUUUCUGCCUGGGAGAGACCUUGUUGAUGCAGUAUAACUACCUUGUGUCUUGUUGCUGUGCUCAGUUAAUUGAUAAAUAUAAUCUAUUAACAUGUCUAUUUUUGAAAGCAUUCUUACUUUACAGCAUUUUUUCACACCUGCCUAAAACUUUUGCACAGUACUGUAUAUAUAUAUAUAUAUAUAUAAUUAUAAUUUCUUUUUUUUUAACAGUCCAGGCUAAACCUAAUAGCAAAUUUUGGACAGCAUCCAUUAGAUUAAUGUAUAUUUAUAUAUCAUUACAGUGUUGUUUCAUUAUAAUUCUAGUUAUAAAGCUGUAGAUAGAGCUGUUUGUGUUCUGCUCUAAUGAGAAUGCUAUUAAAAUACAUUAUGUGGGCAAUGGGGCACAACCAGAAUGUAAUAAGUUCCAAUAAGGGACCUUAUAACAAGGGAGCAUUGCACAUGUUUAAUACUGAAUGAUGCACAGACUAAUGCCUACUGUAUAUAUUUAAUGCUUGCACUAAAGAAAUUUACAAACCCACCUGAUGUAAUAAUUUCAUAAAUAUGCCUCCCUUUUUUCUUUAUGAAACUGACCUAUUGUUAUUUCACUUUGCGGUAUAACAAUGAACCCCAGUGGUGCCUAUUUGGUCACUGGUUUCCAAGACAACUCAACCAGUAGUUACACUUCCUUCUGUCUUUAUUGGUGAGGAAGAAUUACAUAGAGGAGGGACUAGCUUGUGGCACUGCUAAUAGAAAUCAGAUGGAUUGUAGCAGUUAACUGCAGAAUGUACUUUUUCUUUUUUAUUAAAGAUAUUUUCCACCCUG